AAAAGGAGUUCCUGAAGGCAUAAUAUCUGAAAACCACUGCAUCACAUGAAGAGUCAGGCAUAUUGCAAGGUAUUUCAGUAGUAGCAAGUGACUGACACUUUAAUUCCAAAGAUUGAUAGAAAACAACACGGCAAUCAGAGUCAAGUUCUCUUUGCUACUCCACAAUGAAACAUCUAAUAUUACCAAAGAGAGUCAGUGAUGGCUUUUCUGUCCUAGAAAUCCAAAUGCAAAUUUGCACUAGCACAAAAACAUUUUAGAUUGCCCUGUAUCGGUGCUUUUAGCUUUAAAGUGCGCUGUGGCUAGUUCAUUAGCUUUACCGAUACAUGCAGCAGCUAGCAAUACUCUUGUUCAAAGCACAGCAGUUGUACUGAUGGUCCCAGGUGCAUUUUCAGCUUAAAUAUAUUACAGCACAAUCCUAUGCAAGUCUUAUACAGCAAUGCCAACCAGGCAGAUAUGCCAGUAUCACCUGUGCAAAUUCACUUGCAUCCUAACUAUUCAGAGUUUGUAGAGCGGGUGCAAUGUGGACUUUCAUUUUGUUCCUUUCCAAUUUUAUCCUAUAUGGUGAAUUCUAGUUACACCUGCAUUUUUGUGGUUAAGUUAUCCCAAGCACCACAUGAAGAACCAGUAAACAGUUAGGAUGCAGCUUAACUGUAUCAGAAAAGCACACAGCCAAUUUGGUUGCCAAUAAAUAUUCCUGCAGACAUUUCUGAGAUCAUGGUCUUUCAAACAAGUGACUUUGUUGUCUUACUUUAAAUGUUGUGAUGAGCCUAUGCCCUUUUAAAAAUGUGGUUUGGGGGGGUUAUUAGGGUUGUUGUUUUUAUUUUGAUGAUGUAUUUUGUGGUUUUAUAUUUUGAUUCUAUUCUGUGAAGUGUCUUGAGACUCCAGGGUAUAGGGUGGUAUAUAAAUUCAAUUAAUAAGAAUAAGAAUAAUAAUCCCACUUCCCACCAUACACAAGCCCCUUUUUGUCGGUUUACACUGGCAUGAUUUGCACCAGCUUUCUUUCAACUAGCAUAAAUAGAUAAAACUGGAGGCGCGGGAGAGAGCCGUAGAAGUGAGAGAAAAGAAACAGACAUCCUCUCCCAUAUCCUAUCCCUUCCUGCAGCACUACUCAGAAGUAAAUCUGACUCUGAAUACUCGCAUUUACAUAGGAUUAUCGUUGCAGCAGGAAUUAUAUCUUUAUAUUGCUUUUAAUUAUCACCUGCCCCAAGAAGGUGACCUUUGCGAAAUGAAAUCGCAAGGCUGCCGUUGCAAGAUCAGAAAUUCCGAAUAUAAAAGUGGUAGGCAAGGGGUGAAGGGUGGCGACAGAUGGCUGGCAAUGCACAAACUACCGAUGCUUCAUCCAGCCCACAUCACAGAAACGGCUCCCCCUCCCCUUUGCCUUUUAAUGUUGGGGGGAGCUGGAGACCCUUAUCAGCCACACUCAAUAGAAAUCAUACCCCACCACGUACCCGGCUUUCAAAACUCCCGCUUGCCAAGCGGCGCGUGGUGGUGGAUAGGCCCCAACGGCUCCUCCCACCCCCCUUUCAACCGUCACUGCGGCCGCCUCGAGUUUUAAGCGUUGCCGCCUCCCGGGAGGGUCACGUGGCGUGACGGCCUGCGAUUGGCCCGUGCUUCCCAGCGCUGAGAAGGAGGUGGAGCAGCAGCGGGUGGUUGCCUAGGUUACGAGAGGGAGCUGCGGGGCAGAAAGAGAGGCGGCGGGUGGGCUGGCGAAAGCGGAGGAGCCACUGUGGGGCUGGAUGGGAGCCUCGCGCAGCGGCAACAGCAGCAGCCGGUGGCGGGCGGCUGGCAUAACCGUCACGGACACCCCGCCGCCUCUAAGCUUUUUCUUCUUCUUCUUCUUUCUUUCCUGGUGGGUUUUUGCUGCGCUCGCCGAGCCAAGUGGCGGACCACAAUGACGAUUUAGUACUUCGUUAAAGAAAAGACUUCAGAAAUGGAUACAAAAAGGUCACAGUGGCAUUCUAGCAUGCUGAAGUUGCUGAUACUUCUAAUAUGUUUUACAAAUACUGUAAUUUGUGAAACUGGAGACUGUAGAGAGCAAGAGUUCAGGAAUCAUGAUGGAAACUGUAUGCUAUGCAAACAAUGUGGACCUGGCAUGGAACUGUCUAAGGAAUGUGGCUUUGGAUAUGGGGAGGAUGCCCAGUGCAUGACAUGCAGACCAAACAGAUUCAAGGAGGACAGGGGCUUUCAGAAGUGCAAACCAUGUUUGGACUGCGCUCUAAUAAAUCGAUUUCAGAAAGCCAAUUGUUCUGCUACCAGCAAUGCUGUUUGUGGAGACUGCUUACCAGGAUUCUAUAGAAAAACCAAGCUUGGGGGCUUUCAGGAUAUGGAAUGUGUUCCUUGUGGUGACCCUCCACCUCCUUAUGAACCUCACUGCACUACAAAAGUGAAUCUGGUGAAAAUCCCAUCAACUGCUUCCAGUCCACGAGACACUGCUUUAGCUGCUGUGAUAUGCAGUGCACUGGCAACUGUACUGUUAGCACUCCUCAUCCUUUGUGUUAUCUAUUGUAAAAGGCAAUUCAUGGAAAAGAAGCCAAGCUGGUCUGUGAGAUCACAGGAUAUUCACUAUGAAGGCUCUGAGCUUUCAUGUUUUGACAGACCACAACUUAAUGUGUAUGCUCAUAGAACAUGCUGCCAGUGUCAGCAGGACCCAUCACAGAUAUGUCGACCAGUGCAUUUGAUUCCAUCCCUGUGCUGUGAUGAGACAUGUAGCCUGGAACACAGCUGCCAUAGCUGCCCUUUUCACUCUCGGAAUACACUUCAUGAAAGGAAUUCUAAUUCUGUUGGGGAAAUGAUUCCAGCAUUUCUCGGUUCUCUUUCACAUUCAACCUGUGGAGAUCUUUCAGAUGCCUGGCCUCUUAUCCAAAAUCCAGCUUGCUGUGAUAGUAUUUCUUUCUGUGAGUCAUACCCUGAGCUAACAGGAGAAGAUGAAAAUUCUUUCAGCCUAGAGACUGAAAAAACAGCCAUUGUGGAUUCAGAUAACGAACAGGAUUUAAGGGUUUUCAUGUCUACAAAGUCUCAUUUUGGAAGCUUGACAGAAUCAACUGAACUUUCCAGUAAGAGUCCUUCCAGUAUCACUGCUUCAUUAAACCAGUUCUUAACUGCUGAACCACUGUCAACAACAGAGCUUGACCAAACAAUUAGUGAUUCUAUAAAUUGAUGGCCAGGAAUCUAAAGGACCUUUCUUGGCAGCCUUUAAACUGAAUGCUUCCCAACGUGCUUCUCUUUGAAUGCUUGUGGAUGGAAUGUGGCCUGGAUCUCGAUGUUACAAGGUUUCAGAAACAGCUGAACUAAAUUGGCAGCAUUUCAAAGCUCUCUCGGGCAGUUGCAUUUGAAAUACAGCAGCUGUAUGAGAAAACUUCAAGGAGCAGCUUGGUACUCUGUCUCUUUUCUAAACAGCAAGCUUCUGUGUCUCAUUGACACAAGGAAAGUUUGCAGGACUGAUCUUACUGCUAAGCAGAUUAUGUAAAUAUAAAGAGCAAUAGAAUUGUGUGUGUGUGUGUGUGUGUGUGUGUGGCUACUAAUAGCAGGUGUUUGUCAUUUUUUCUGUUAGCAAAAGGAAGCAUUUAACAGGAUUUUCAACAAGCUGUACUGAGUUAAUACAUAAUAGGCCAAAUAUACAACAGUAAAAAGAAUCUCAUUUUAAAAAUACAUAAAAUGAAACUUCAUUGUGAACUUGGGAACUUUGGGAUCUGCCUGUUACAGUACAGAAUGCGUAAAUACUUGUGUGGAGAAAACAUGCUGUGAAGAUUGCAAGACUAUACUAAAGUGCUUUUUUCACAGCUAUUUACAGUGCAAUCCUAUGCAUGUUUACUUAGAAUUCUAAGUCUCACUGUAUUCAGAGAUGCAUAUUCCCAGAUACAUGUGCAGUUCUAAUGUGGCAGCAACUUUGCUUGCCAAAAGUUGUUAACUCCAACUCCCAGCCAGGUAUUUCUCCCAUACUUUUUUUGCAUUUCUAUGAUGGUGUGCUAAAACUGUGGGUACUUUGGCAGGAAAGUUAAAUACUUUUAAGUCCUAUUGAUUUCAUUUGGAGUGCUUAUGAGUAGUGCUGACUCUCACAAUAAUACCAGGAGGACUUGAAGUGUUUGCUUUUGGCUAAACUAUAUCCUGUAUAUUUUUUAAACUUUGAAACAAAGAACCGAGACUUUUGUGUUAUAUUUAGUGGAGAAUCCUUUAGUACCAUUGAAAAAUUAAGGCUGUAGUCCUGUAUACACACCAAUGUGGGAAGCAAGCCUCCUUGAAUCAUAGAAUCAGAGUUGGAAGGGACCUUGAGGAUCAUCUAGUCCAACCCCUUCCAACUAAAGCAUCCAUGACAGAAGGCCAUUCAACCUCUGCUUAAAAAAUACGUGGAGUUUAGUUUCAAGCAAACAUCCAAUGAAAUUAUACUAUGUUAGAAAACUGUUACAAAAUUCAUGUUUUUAUGUGCUAGUGAAAACCUGCAAAUAAUACAUAUACUUUUUUGCAUGAAGAACCAUAUAUGUGUGUAAACUUUGUAAAUAAAAUAAUCCAAUGUGCAUUUCAGUAUUCUGCAAAAUGGUUAAGACUAUGCGUGGAGACUACUGUUUACCUCUAAAAACUGCUUUCAAAAGGCCUGUGGUAUGUGCCCCAUUGUAAUGAAGAUCAAAAGUUUGAAGCAAGAACAGGAUUUUAAAAUGUGCAUAUUGUGUAAAUGCAGUUUACAAAAUGUUUGAUUCAACCAAAUUGGUCUUGAUUAUGUUGCCUAUGGCAAGCAAUUUUGUAUAUGCCAAUAGAAAACAUACACUGAAUUUUUUAUACUAUUUGCUUUCAAACAAAAAUGCUUUCCCAAUAUUCUUUUACAUGCAGGAAUUCAAAGGGGUGGACGAAGACUGUAAAUUACAAUUUUGUGUAUAUGUUUAUAUAUUUUUCUAUUUGUUAAUAAAUAGUCAUUUAAAUAC